UGAAAAAUGAGUCGCUGUUAAAUAUCAACAUAGAAGUGUACUUCAAACUCUUUUGAUAAUUGUUGCUGCAAUCUAAUAUCGAUAAGCUGUUGACAAAUAUUCUUGAUUUAUACCGCUAGCAGAAAACAGUUAUUUUUUUCUCUCGUAUUUGAUAAAUUCUAAUCAAAGAUAAGCGCAGUUUGAACAAGACUCAUCUAUAUUAUUUUUCUUGCAUUUAACAAGUACUUUCGUUUUGGAUAAUCAUGCUAUUCUAGUACUUAGUUAAACUUGUUUUAGUUUUAAUAGUUCUCUCCAAAAAUUUGUAAUUUACAGUCUUCUUAUCUUUUUUUAUUUUACAGUUUGUUUUCUAGUCUUUUGCUGUUAAUAAUUUGUCUUAAUUCUACUUAUUAGUUAUAUAUUAACUGCCAAAAAUAUUUCAUGACUUUUAAACAUUUUAACACUUUCUCGUGGGCCAUUUGACAGAUAGUUGGAAGUCAUUAGGCAGCAUAAGAUUGUUAUUUUCAGUAAAAAGAUGCAAAAGAAAUCGAAUUGCUUUUAACUAAUUAUUCAGAAAAAAUAGAACAAAUUGUUAGAAUAGAAAUUAUAAAAUACCAGAAUGUAAGAGAACUGACUGAAAACUAUGAAUUCUAUAAUUAAUUACAAAAGUACAAAUAUAAAUGUAUUUUUUUGCGUUCCCUUGGAUGCGGUACAUCUAUUUUUUGCUAAUUACUACAAUUACCAGUUCUUGUUUUUUUUGUUUUUGUUUAGAUCAAUCAAUAUACAGCAUUGUUAGGUAUUGGAUGUUCAGCAGAUCUGAGAUUCUUUCUAUGCUCAAUAUAUUUACCAUUAUGUAUUCCAAGUUAUACCGAAACCAUACCACCAUGCCGUGAGGUGUGUGAACGAGUCAAGAAACCAUGUGAACCUUUUAUUCAUUAUAUGAAUAAACCAUGGCCAGAACAACUUGAUUGCGAACAGUUUCCAUGGAACAGAAAUAAUGCAAUUUGUAUGGAUCCACGAAAGAGUGAUCAAACAAAUAAUGGAUUUUCCAAUCCACCUCUUUCAUUGUCAUCUAUAGUUGUUGUUGAUAAAUCAUCAUCCAUUCAAAAAAACCAACCGGCAUCCCUACCAGAUAUAUUUAAUGAGAAAACAUUUUCGUCUGAACGACAACACCAACAUAAAUGUUGUACGUGUAAUGAAACAAUAGGCUAUCGUUUAUUAGAUAAAUCCGAUCCGUAUUACGAUACACAAAAUAGUAUCAUUCCACAUUGUUCAUCACCAUGUCGUUCAGCCUAUUUUCAAGAUGAAAAAUCACAAUUAAUCAUUCAAUUAUGGUUAACAUUUUGGGCUGGAAUCUGUUGUAUAAGUUGUAUAUUUGUAUUAGUCACAUUUUGUAUGGAUAUGACAAGAUUUAGAUAUCCUCAACGUCCCAUUGUGUUUUUAGCAUUAUGUUAUUUUUUCGUUAGUUGUGGUUAUAUAAUACGUUUAAUACUCGGUCACGAGAAUGUUGCCUGUCGUCUAUCAUCACCUUAUCAUGCUGCAUCAUCAUUACCAUUACGACUUCUGAUACCCACAACACCUACUUAUUUACAAUUAAUUCAAGUUUCUGGUCCGUCAAAUUGUACGCUAGUUUUUGUACUUAUUUAUUAUUUUUCAAUGUCAUCAUGUAUAUGGUGGAUUAUUCUCACAUUGACAUGGUUUCUUGCCGCUUGUUUCAAAUGGGGUGAAGAGGCAGUUGCUCAUUAUUCUGUUUAUUAUCAUUUAAUUGCAUGGAUGAUUCCGUGUAUUCAAACAAUUGCUAUUUUAAUGUUAAAAGGUAUUGACGGUGAUCCUGUUGCGGGUAUAUGUCAUGUGGGUGUAACAGAUUCUCAAUAUUUAAAAAUAUUUGUAUUAAUGCCAUUAAUUCUCUAUUUGUCGAUUGGUACAAUGUUUUUAUUAACCGGUCUAAUAUCAUUGAUACGUAUUCGAAAUGUUAUGAAAAUACAAGAUAAAACAAAAAUAUACAAACUAGAAAAAUUAAUGUGUAGAAUAGGCAUAUUCUCGGUAUUAUACAUUCUACCUGCUAUUAUUGUAAUUGCAUGUUAUUUUUACGAAUUAAAAAAUCGUUUAUCAUGGGAAGAAACUUUAUUAUGUUCAUCGGCAGACUGUAAUGGUGGUGAUAGCUCAUCAUUUUCACAAACAUUUUGGUCUCGACCAAGUUUUUCUAUCUAUAUGGCCAAAUAUUUUUUUAUACUCGUUGUUGGUACAACUACCGGUUUAUGGAUUAAUUUAAAUGGAAAAACGAUGCAUACAUGGAAACAUUUUUUUUGUCGAUGCUAUUCUCAUCAUUCAAAUCAAAUGAGUUAUUAUCAUAAACAUACAAAAAUAAAUGGCUCAAAAUAUUCCCUGCCUUCUAGUAAACAAGUACCAUUAGCUCAUGUGUGA